AUGGACCAGACUCUCAACGAGACCCCUCUGUCGCCGGCCCACAAGCUCGCCUUUGAGCAGGCCAUCGAUACCAACUUCCGUACCUUCGGCGUCCGCACGACCUACGUCGACCUCCACAAGGACCUCAACAUGUACGACAAGAGGACUCAAGGCGUCAUCAUCAGGUGCAUCCACGAUGCGGCAGUCACGGUUGGCCUCAGGCCCGUCUUCGACCCGCUGUGCCAGUGCCGCUCGUGCGAUUACAGGAAGAUUCUCAACUGGCGCAUCCGGGGGUGGGCCGAGGACGUUUACCACGCCACAGAGAUGGCCAAGAGGGUUGCGUCAAACAUGCGCUAG